AACGAUACAAAACCGCCAAAGAAUCCUCAGAAAACGACAAAGACAAGAACACCGGAAGAGCGCUUAAAGCAAGAAAAGAAUUAGUAGUGAGCACAAAAACAAAACGACGCAAAAUCGACGAAGAAUUACCAGAAAACGAAGCAAAAUUGACAAAGAUCACCAGGAUACGACGACGCAAAGAAACAACGAUAUUCAAUGAAGAAUCACCAGAAACGACAACAUUAAGUUCACCAGAAGAGCGUCUAAAAACAAGAAGAAAAGUUAAUACGCCAAUAAAAAAAGACUCAUCAGAGAACAACAUAAAUUUGAUGAAGAAUUACCAGAAAAUGACGCAAAUCCACUGGAAACCGCCUAAUACAAGAAAGAGAGUUAGUAAUGAGCACAAGAAACACCAAGAAAAAAAAAAAAGCAAGAUUCACCAGAGAACGAUGCAAAUUCGAGAAGAAUCACCAGAAAACGACACAAGUCCAUCAAAGAAUGCCUAA